AUGUGGUGCUUCUUAAGGAGAACACGCAGCGGCCACACUAAGAGAGUAAUCGAAUCAGAGAAGCGAGACUCAUUCCGUAAGCUAGACCACGUGAGGGCGCUGUCCAUCCAGACGUCUUCGGGUCAACCUAUCUGGGUGUCAUUCUGUCAGUUGAAGAACACAUCUUGGAUCCUCCAGACUAGUUCAACCGCGAAAUUCACACCGGACGAGCUGUUUAACUACGCCGAUCCGUAUCCACCCUCUGUGACCUUUGCCCUGUCAAAUCCGACCACCAACCUCAUGUCCGCCGAUGCGUUCGUCCAGUGCAUGGUUGUCGUCCACGAGGGAUCCUCAGCAAACUACCAGGAUGCUGACGUCACCACUUUUGUUCAGCUGGUGGGUGACGUCACCGUGGCAAAGAGUGGCCAGUUCCAAAGUCAAUCACUUGGACGGGCAUCUGCAAAACGUUUACCAAUGCUGACUGUACCUCAAACUGUGGUUACCCCGCCCUCUAGUGAUGGAUCCGGUCAAACAUCCAUCUCAUCACAUUCCUCCCAGAUAUCAUCAGAUUGCACCUCCGUGUCGCCGCAACCUGUUCCGGAUGUCGACCGGAAGUCGGUGGUGCUGUUGAACUCGUAUGACGCACAGUCCGACACGUCGAAAGCCCGCUUUGAAGAUAUCUACGUGUCCUACAAAGCUCUCGCCGAACUCUGCUUGAUGCUGCAAGCUUCAAUGACUGGAUCCAGCGAAAAAGACUGGAUGACUUUCGCAACCAAGAUUGGUCUAUCAAUGGAACAGGUUGACAGGAUGUCCGACCGUUACAACUUCCAGUCCCCACUUUCCAUCAUCCACCUCUUCUUCGGCACCUGCCCGGCGGCGACGUCCUGUUGUCCAUCGACGUCUCCCCGUGAGAAAGCUCGAGCACUCCUCGUACGCCUCAUCUCUGUCUUCCAGGAAAUGAAACGAGACGACCUGACCCACGUUGUUCGGCGCGAGCUGACGCGCAUCGACCAGGAAAUCGACCGAUACAGCAAGUUUCUCUUCGAAGGCGGCCAAUUUGAGAUUAGAACAAACGUGGGUGGCGCUGUUACCACAAACCGGACACGUCCGCGACACUCGUUCAGCGACGGGGAUGUCACCGUUUUGACACCCUCGGCAGAGAGCUUUAAAGGGAGGCUAAAUGACAUUGUCUGCUGGUUCAAGAGUAAAUCAUCUGAUGUCUUCAAAUUCACUGGAAGUAGUAAGGAAACGACUGCGGAACAGAUCUACGAAGUCCCGAGGUCGAAUUUCAGCGUGUUUGAAGACGGGAACACGUACGAAGCACUCGUCCCUCUCAAAGGGCGGAAAAACUCGAACAGCGAUAAGAGGAAAGAAAAGGCAAAACAAAAUGAAUAUAAUUGAAAACAGCAAGUAGAGGGUAACGAUCUGCAUUACAAGCUUCUCUUGUUCGAAGCAUAAUCGAUAUUUCACUCACUUAAUCACAACCGAACUAUGAAAAAUGACCGUGUGUGACAUAGAUUAUACUGCAAUGUUCCUGAAGACGGACUUGAAUAUUUGCAAAAUGCGUUGCUUAGGUUAUUCAUAUGAAUUUGAUGACUUGCAGAGAACAUAGACGAUAGUGAUUGUAUUGUUGUUAUUGUGUAUUGUAGGAAUCAAGGGAAGUCAGCAGUGGCGAACACUACUGAAUCUGACAAGAAGAUAGAUUUUGAAAUAAAUCAUAUGAAAGCAAACUGUCCUAUGGCAGAAAACAUGGAGACUGAGGGAAGGGGCUUCUUGGGUCUAGCCGCAUGCUUUAUCGGUUUUUGUUCUCACAUCGGGUCGUUGCAUCUGAUCGGGCAAUCGCGAAACCUGCGCAUUGGAGGAAAGGGCCAGCUAAAUUCCCUGAAUGUUGGGUACAGUUUACACGACCAUUCGAUAAUUUACGCCAAACAUCGGGGAAACUGGAUCCUCCGUUUCGGGAUUAUAUCUAUCGGGGACCUUUUUCUCGAAUGGUCAGAUAUACGCGAUUGCCCGACUCGACGCCAUAACCAGAUGUAAUGGUACAAUACGCCUUUUUCAGUAAAAAGUAUAUAUCACUGGGGUAAAAUACCCUUCUUCAUAAUGUGAUAAUUUCGUGUCUCCCACCAACUUUAAAAUGCUGUCGCUGCCCCUGUCUUACAUUGGGGAAAAUGCAUAGACUCAAGUCCUUUCUGAUGGCUGGUAUUACAUUACAAGAUGGCAAAAUACUUGUAAACGAAAACAUAAAUCAUGAUAGUCUUUUAAUUGCUGCGGUGAAACAUGAAUGCAUUAUGACAUUGCGAAAUAAUUUUCUGAAAAUAUGUCAUGUAGGGGUGUAGACUGUUGUGGCUCAGUCUGGACUUUGAACCUCAAUGUACGGGGUUGGAAUCCCACCACAGCAUUCGCAUCCUUUGGCAAGGCGUUUAUCUACAUUUGCCUCUCUCCAUCCA